GUGUUUGUUUUAGGAUGGUUUUAGGUCAAUCAACUCCUGUAAAUAUGUAUUUUUGUUAGUAACCGUACUCUUGACUCUUGUUUCUUCACCAGACCUUCACUACUUCUUCUUCUUCUUAUAGAGCAAAGUCUUUCGAGCCACUCUGACAAUGGCAACUCACUGAGUCGACCAUUAUUAAAAGAAGAAGAAUAAGACAGUUUUGUUUUGGAAUUUGGAGCGAUGUCCUUUAAGUGCGAUAUUUGAAUAAAAUAUACUAAUUAAUUAAUGCAAAACGAAAUUAUGAAUUGGUUUAUGGAAGCUAAUAUUAGAUAGUAAAUAGUAUAAGUAUUACACCAAGCACUAUGGAAUUAGUGGAAAUAAAAGAGUUCGUAGCCAGUUUAGCUGUUCUUACUACUAUUUUGCAGUUUUUAUCCGGCAUCUUGGUUUGCAAGCAAUAUGUUGUCAAUAAAACUACCGCAGAGGCUUCACCGCUUCCAUUUAUUUGCGGUUUUAUUUCGGCAGGAAUUUGGCUGCUCUAUGGAUUGGCCAAACAUAAUAAUAAAAUUAUUAUGGUGAAUACAAUAGGAGUAACACUUAUGUUUUUCUAUACAAUAAUAUUCUAUAUAUUUACCAUAAAGAAAUCAAGUGUCUUAAAGCAAUUCCUUGCGGUUCUUGUGAUGUACAUAUUUGUGAUAUUCUAUAACUCUGCUGAAGAGGAUAAAUAUCUUUUGACUAACAGAUUAGGAACAAUGGCAUGCUCUCUUACAUUGAUAACAAUAGCGUCACCACUGAGUAAACUAUUGUAUGUGAUUAGAAGAAAAAGCACAGAUUGUCUUCCAUUCCCAUUGAUCUUGAUGACUUUUAUUGUUUCAAGUCUAUGGUUCUUGUACGGAUUACUAGAAGAGGAUGUUUUUCUAUCAGCUCCGAACUUCAUUGGUGGUACUUUAGCAGCGUUCCAGCUCUCACUCUUCAUUAUAUACCCGAGCAUUCCUAGUUCUCCCCUAAUAACUAAAAACACUCUAGCAUAAUAGAGACAAAAUUUCGUUCCAGUAACAAUAUUUUUCGCUCAAAAUAUCAUGCUUAUUGAAAUACUGUGAAAAACACUACAGAAACAGUAUUUUUGUGAGUGUUUUUAUGUUUUUGUGGAUAGUUUUAACAUAAUCAAGAUUGUGGUUUCAUAUAGCUAUAAUAUAAUGCUUAGUUUUUUAUUUUAUUAUUGACUUUGCCAGUAUUUAAGUUAUAGUAUUAAAAUGAACUGAAAUAUUUUA